UUGAAAACAGUGUCAUGUAAAAAGCCCCUAAAAGUACAAACUUUAAAAUCCAUGAGAGCUUUCUGAACCUGUAAACAUUUCCGAGGUGUGCCUUCACACCUAUCUUCUUAGUUAAAAAUGACAUUUAAAUAAAUGAAACUAAUUCACCAAUUGUGAUCACAUUCAUCAAGCACAUCGCUGAAACCUUUCGGAUAACAUUAAAAAGCAUGUAAUUGUGUUUAUGACUAUGUGUAUGUGUGUCUCUGUUGAUGCAGGAGUCAAAUGCGACACUUCUGUUUGUGGGAACUGCGGUCACUGAUCUCGUCCACCACCAUCAUCUGCUUCAUCACUGCAGGAGCCUUAAGAAGUGUGCUCGGGCUGUUUCUGGCGCUCACACCUCACAUCUGAGGCUGGAGAAGCUGCUGUUUCCCACAGACCCCCUACUUCUGGUGUCACUUCUCCUCUCAAGUACUGACUGGAACACUCAGAGGUGCCAACUCGCACCUCACAGAGGAUAUAUACAGGAGGAACAUGGUCCACCGGCAACCACAACCUCAGUCUCAACUCUACAGCCAUGGAUAUCUCCAGCUCUGCUCUUCAGCUCCAAGACAGCAGCGCUUUCCUUCUUGACUGCGAGAACAUUCUGGAUCCCAGCUACGGCGUCUCAGAUGCGGGCUACUACAGCGCAGGCAGCAGCCUGUCUCCGGCCUCCUCCAUAGAUUCCUGUGGCUUCUCCCCUCCAGCGUACUCUUGCGGAGCGGGACAUGACAUACCGCCGGUCUUCUCACUCCACAGCGUCGCCACCCAGGAGAAGAACAAGGUCCAGCCACCCAAGAGAACCGGACGGCCGAGGUCAAAAUUCCCCGGAGUGAAGCGGGAAACCGCAAGUGAACGGGAGAAGCUGAGGAUGAGGGAUCUGACCAAAGCUCUUCAUCACCUCAGGACGUACCUGCCUCCGUCUGUGGCUCCUGCCGGAAAAACCCUGACCAAGAUUGAGACGCUACGGCUCGCUAUCCAGUACAUCUCCUGUCUGUCUGCUCAGCUUGAACUCAAUGAAGACGAGGCGAAUCGUGGCGAUCAGGCCGAGGUCAUCGUCGCAUCAAACAUGUUUGACAGCUUCAGUGCGGCACCUUCAGUUCCAGCUCAGCAGUUCCCAUCGAUGACCUGUUAUCAGACUCAGAAUCCAGUCGAAGGCGAUUUCCUUUCAUUCCCAGCUCAGGAUUUUUGGUUCCCCCAGCAACACGAUUUCUUCCAUGGACAGUGCUGAUCUGAUCAAAACAGUCUGGAUGCAAAUAUUAAUUUGUGCAAUUUUUGUACGAUAAUGAAAAUGAAAUACUUUAUUUUUAUUGUAAAUAUGUUUGUACAGCUAUUUAUUUUUUUGUAUGUUGAAAAAUAUAUGAAUAUUUAUGAACUGUAAUUUUUCCAGCAAAUAAAGCCUUGAAAAGUCUAA